AUGGAAAUAGUCUGGGAGGUGCUUUUUCUUCUUCAAGCCAAUUUCAUCGUCUGCAUAUCAGCUCAACAGAAUUCACCAAAAAUCCAUGAAGGCUGGUGGGCAUACAAGGAGGUGGUCCAGGGAAGCUUUGUUCCAGUUCCUUCUUUCUGGGGAUUGGUGAACUCAGCUUGGAAUCUUUGCUCUGUGGGGAAACGGCAGUCGCCAGUCAACAUAGAGACCAGUCACAUGAUCUUCGACCCCUUUCUGACACCCCUUCGCAUCAACACUGGGGGCAGGAAGGUCAGUGGGACCAUGUAUAACACCGGGAGACACGUGUCCCUCCGCCUGGACAAGGAGCACUUGGUCAACAUAUCAGGAGGGCCCAUGACAUACAGCCACCGGCUGGAGGAGAUCCGGCUACACUUUGGGAGCGAGGACAGCCAAGGGUCAGAACACCUCCUCAAUGGACAGGCCUUCUCUGGGGAGGUGCAGCUCAUCCACUAUAACCAUGAGUUAUAUACAAAUGUCACAGAAGCUGCAAAGAGUCCAAAUGGAUUGGUGGUAGUUUCUAUAUUUAUAAAAGUUUCUGAUUCAUCAAACCCAUUUCUUAAUCGAAUGCUCAACAGAGAUACUAUCACAAGAAUAACAUACAAAAAUGAUGCAUAUUUACUACAGGGACUUAAUAUAGAGGAACUAUAUCCAGAGACCUCUAGUUUCAUCACUUAUGAUGGGUCGAUGACUAUCCCACCCUGCUACGAGACAGCAAGUUGGAUAAUAAUGAACAAACCUGUCUAUAUAACCAGGAUGCAGAUGCAUUCCUUACGUCUGCUCAGCCAGAAUCAGCCAUCUCAGAUCUUUCUGAGCAUGAGUGACAACUUCAGGCCUGUCCAGCCACUCAACAACCGCUGCAUCCGCACCAACAUCAACUUCAGUUUACAGGGGAAGGACUGUCCUAAUAACCGAGCACAGAAGCUUCAGUAUAGAGUAAAUGAAUGGCUCCUUAAGUAG